AUGGAAAACAUACCGGUCUACUUGGAGAUGCCUGGCGGGGACGAGUUCACGGACGUGACCCAGGUGCUGGUCCAAGGAGCACAAGAACUGCGCCAGGGCGAACUAAUCUUCAUGAGUGGGUUCGAUCUCACAGAUGCUAUGAGCGCCCUGGAGAUCGGUGAACCUCGCAUGGACAGCGGCGUGGUACUUCCGGACGAGGUGACCAAGCCACUCUUCGAUCCACUGGCACCUCUGCUACCCGAAGAAAUGGCGUGGCACUCCGGGACCACACUUUCUCAAACGAUAUACACGUGCUUAUACGUUCACAACCUCGAAGAUCUGGACCCGGAAUGCCUCCCGUUGGAGCUAGUCCUCCAGGAAGACCCCGCGCGGCCUUGGAGCUUAGUCACAUUCGUGCUGCGUGCCGGUGUGGUGGGCUUGAUCAAAUGCGUUGAUCUGGCUUGGAGAGAGCUCUCGAAAGGCCGUGUUCUCGACCAAGAGGACUGGCAAGGCGAAAAAUGCGAGAUAUCCUUGCUAGAAGGGACACCUUGGCGGCGGGUGCUGUCGCUCGUGGAAGAAACGAGUGAUUGGAUUCUUGGCUCGCCCUUCCUACAUGCGCGGUGGCGUACCUCUUUACAUAUGCGCUUGCAGCUUCGCAAGAUCAUGCUACAGCUCCUCGGAUUGUCCCUUCCCGGCGAUCGUACGCAACUCGAGAAUCUAGUCGUGUCAGCGCGGUCGCUCCUUCAACAGAUCAGGGCCAAUCCAUCACCAGAACCCGGAGAGACCUCCGCUGCGUUGCAGGCCUUCGAUCCACGCGUCAUGCGUCACCUACACUCCUACGUUCCUCUGCGUCCGCUGCAGCUGCCGUCUCAGGAAAGUACUUGGGACGCUCUCGAGGCCUUGAUUGACGGCUACGAAGAAAUGCUCCGUAUGGCCAAGGUCGAGUUGCUGGCUACCUGGCAGUUGGUCGGCCACUUGAACAUGUGGCAGAAUAUUCCCGAACGAAGAAUUCCGUAUCUGCGGUCUAUGAUGCAGUCCCUGUUCUUCGACGACGUAUUAGUGCUUCUCCAUCAUCCACCGCAAUGGUUGGUAAACAGUUUCUUCAAGGAGAGCAUCGGGCUGGAGUGGUCAUCGGUUUGCCGCGUUCUCCGGCAACGGUGGAGAGGCGAGGGCGAUGUCCCCAUUGGAGAGAUUGAUCGCCGGCUUACGAAGUUGCUUGCCCGAGAUACGCGGUCUCUAUGGAGCAACCCUCCUCGGCACCGACGAUAUCAGAUGAAAUCGUUGCUUGACUGGCAGAUUUUGUUCGAUUUGCUUGUUCGCGUCACGCAACAACUCCAUUUAUCGGAUGAACCAGGUGCCCCUCUUAUCCGGUCAUUGCCCGUGGUCGUGUUGUGCAAGCGGUUGGCCAACAUCCGCGAGGUUGUUCUGUCUGGGUUCCAGUUGGAGUUGUACAGCGUCGAAGAGAAACCUUUGGCGUAUUGGUAUGCUAGCCAGGCGAUAGAGGCUCAUGCAACGUGUCUCGAGAGCCUACUAAAAGUAAUGCCAGACGGCACGCCGGAGCGUGCGGACAUGGACGUUCACCUCAAGUUCCUUCGCGCAUUGUUCUGCAUGUGCAAAGGAAUGCUGAUUAUACUACUCCUUGCGCAAACUCGUCGACCGGACUGGGAACGUCUGCGCCUCAAUUUCCUCCGGCGAAACAAGUGGGCAUAUAGGCCGGAGUACUCGGAUGCCACGACGAACCCUGUCGCGCAGCCUUGCUUCGAUCUUUACCCUAAAGCGUGUCAUGAGGCACUCCAAGAGGUGGAUAGUGGGGCAACUCCUACGCACCUGUUUCAACAGGCAAGAGAGAUUUUACAAGGCAUCGCAGAUAUGCCCUCACCGAUAGGAUGGGCGAGCCAAUGGAGCAGCGAAUUCGCGCAGUUCAUAAGCCGAUUGAAAGACACGUCGAUCUGCGCAGAGCCCUCAAAACUGGAGCGCCUUGAAGACACGGGUGUCGGUGUGUUGAAGUGGGAUGUGUCUACGAAUCCUUGGUUUCCGCGAAUAUAG